AUGGCUGGUCCACCACCUCCCCCACCACCUCCUCCACCUCCUCCACUGCUAGGCGGGAGCGCAUCAGCGCCUCCUCCACGUGUGACUCCUGGCAGAGAUGCGCUUUUGGGCGAUAUCCGGAAAGGUAUGAAGCUCAACAAGACUGUCACCGUCGAUAAGCUGAAGCCUUUAAUCGACAGCAAGAUGUCUGUAGGUGUGUCAGCUCCAGGGUCAGGAAUGUCUUCAGCCCCUUCCUCGCAUCCUGUUGGUGCAUCGUCGCAUUCUGCGGUCCCUCCAGUUCCUUCUGGGGCUCCUCAAUUAGGUGAUAUUUUUGCUGGAGGAGGAGUUCCCAAACUUAAACACGUGAAUAAAGAUAACAGGCAGGGUAUCAUUCCAGCCUCAGCUCCCAAGAUUCCAAUUCCUGGAUUCGGCAAUUCUCAAACGAAAAUACCAUCUGGUUCAACUUCGGGACCUCACGCUCCUUCUUCUAGACCUCAUAAGAAGAAUUCCAUCACCGAAGCACCUCCAGUUCCUUCAGGGGUACCACCAGUUCCUUCAGCGGUACCACCAGUGCCAACUGGAGUGCCACCAAUUCCAUCCAUGCCUUCUUCUCGUCCUUCUCAUCGUAAAACUUCUUCUUCUUCUAUACCUCCUUCUGGGGUGCCCUCGAUUCCUCCUAGCGCUCCUCCACUUCCAGCUGGUGCUCCUCCGCUUCCAUCUGGUGCUCCUCCGGUUCCAACAGGUGCUCCACCACCUCCAGUAUCUGGAAAAAUGCCAAAACUUCCACCCAGUAGACCCAAGAAGUCGCAGCACUUGAAGUCGGAGAGUAUCUCAUCAAUUGGCUCGUUUGAGGAAAGAAGAACUUCGCCAAUUCCACCUCCUCUUCCUUCUGGAGCUCCUCCCAUUCCUGGACACCUGGCACCUCCUCCACCUCCAGGUCCACCUCCACCUCCAGGUCCACCUCCACCUCCGGGUCCACCUCCACCUCCAGGGCCUGCGCCGUCGUUAUCAGCUGGUUCAACACCUAAGAUCUCAGGUUUGCCUGCUGGAGGACUUCCUUUUUUGGCUCAAAUUAAUGCCAAAAGAAAUGAGAGUCACGUCGUAGAGUCAGUACCUUCUACAGGCACCUCUUCGCAUAAGGCUCCUUCUUUAUCUCAAAGAGCUCCAGCUUUACCUACAGAUGCUCCUCCACCACCUCCUCCAAUCCCAUCCUCACUUCCUCCAUCCAUUCCUUCAUCGCUACCAGCAAGAAACACAGCUCCACCACCUCCUCCAGCUCCACCAGCGCCACCACCACCUCCUAUUAAUUCAGGACCACCACCUCCUCCACCUCCACCUCCAAAUGCUCCUCCAGCACCAUCUUUAUCGGCCUUUUCCUCCGGUUCUCCCUCCAAAUCUGCCACCAAAGCUCCGGCUGCUCCAAUAGCAGGGGGAGGAUUGCCAUUUUUGGCCCAAAUAAAUGCAAAACGUAACGAUGCUUUCGUAGUUGACGGCUCCAGUGGCUACUCUACGGCAGAUGCUGUCCCUGCUUCAAGUACACCUCCUUCUUCUAUAGGAACAGCUGCUCCUAGACCUUCUUUUGUACCACCAGUUCCAAAACCGACAUCAUCUAUACCUUUACCUUCAGAACAAAGAAUACCUUCAAUUCCACCUCCUGUACGUAAUAUCCCACCACCACCUCCAUCAAUUCCAUCAGCACCACCAAUACCUUCGUCAAUUCCUUCAUUACCUCCUAAAGCUCCACCGAUUCCUUCUUCUUCUGUUCCACCAGUGCGUAUUCCAUCUAUUCCUGUAGCUGCUCCUCCUAUUCCUUCUUCUAUUCAAAUUCCACCUCCUCUUUCAGUUUCACAACCAACUACACAAGAGCCCACUUCUCCUUCUUCCUUUGCAUCUUCUGGGGACCUCUCGAUUCCGGAGUCACCUGAAAGUCCUACAGCUCCAUCUUUCUCUUCACCUCCGCAUAUUCCUGUAGGUUUACCUCCACAAAUUCCCGUGGGUUUACCUCCACAUAUUCCAAACUCUGCACCUCCACCUCCUCCACCUUCAGAACCAACUCCACCCCCAAAAUCAGCGUACAAGAAGGCUGCUCCUCCACCACCACCUCCUGGUCAAUCUCCUGCUACUGCUGCUGCGCAAUCAGCUUAUAGAGGUACGUUGGACUCUCAACAACAAGCAGGUCUGUCGUUACGUAAAAUCUCAGCGCUGGCUUAUACGAUAAACCCUUCACUGCAACGAAACGGAGAUUCCAAUGGAGCUACCAAGAUUGUUAUAGAGGACAAGCGGUUCAAGUUUGUGAAUGCAAACUCGCUUCCAAACCCUCGUAGGUAUGGAGAACACGGCAAGGCAGAGAAGUUGUAUCCUAGUGGAAGAGGCUCUUCUGUUCCAUUGAACUUGAAUGCAUUUGUAUGAAAGAAAAUUGUAUACGAUUAAUACGGAUCGUAUUUGCUUAGUUAUGGUAAUACACGUCAUGAAAAGUUUUUAC